AUGAGUAGUUCGCUCAGGACUCCAUUCCCUCGAGGAGCGGAUGCUGGCCGAGGAUGGAGUGGGAGCCAACCUAGACUUUCCUCGGGCUUGCCCCGACACCUAAGAAAAGGUGGGCGUCCGAAAAGCGGCCACUCUUUCACUCGGGCACAAUGCUACGAACACGAAAGUGUGCGAUUCGCCGCCCGGAUCGAGAUUGGAGUGAAACAAGAAAAAGAAGCUUACCAGGGCCCGCGGUAA